AUGCAACAGUUCGAGAUCGAGCUCCGGGAGAGAACCUUCGUGAUAGACCGCAACUACUUCUGCGGAGCUUACGUUCAGUAUGACGUUGCGUUAGUGCAACAACUUCUAGAUGCGGGUCACCCGAACGAGACGAUACCCAUAGUCAUAUCGGAAAUGGUGAAGAAUUUAUUCCAAGUGGCGAACUCGGUCUUCAGCAGAUCAGAAUCAACCUACUUGAAGCAUAUGAGAUUCUACUCACGCUACCUACGGCGAAAACCAGUUCGAGAGAUGGGUAAGAACGACCACGGCAAGUUACUCCAUUGUUCGACUAAGGGACUCGAUUCCCUGCUUCCCAUAUCUGUGACCGUUCUAAAAUGUUCCCAAUUAGGCGUCGACGAGUUCGUCCGGAGGAACCACGUUGAUAUCAGUGACCAUUUUUGCUUCCUGGUCCACAUCACUGCUGUCCAGCCGGGACGCAGAAGAGAGUUCCUCGGGUUCGGCAACGUCGGCUCAGUUUGUAACGCGCACAGAGCCGGGCCGGGGGGCAGAGCUCUCCACGGUAUGGCGAUGGCCGUGAACGUUGCGAAGCUCAAAGAUGCGGCUUUCGUGCACGAACUGACUUUCAUCCAUGAGCUCGGGCACGUUCUCGGAGCGGAACACGACGGACUGGCCGAAGUUAUUUUCGGAAAAACAAGCUGUCCUGUUUGGGAAGUCGACCCCGAGAACAACAUCAUGUUCUACAAAUCCAGGGAUCAGUUUCACGUUCAUCAGCGAUCUUUCAGCAAAUGCUCUAUCCGGCAAAUGGAACAGACCUUAGAAACGUGUUUCGAUUCCUUCGGAGCCUUCGUCUGUGGCAAUGGCAUCGUCGAAACUGGAGAGGAAUGCGAUUGCGGCUUCUCAGAAGAACAGUGUGCCGAGGACCGAUGCUGCAACCCUGCGAUCACCUCGGCGUGGAAUUCACCUAUGAAACCCUGCACGUACAAGGAGAGGACUCCAGCGACGCAGUGCAGCGUAUCGAAUGGGCCUUGUUGCGAUGGAACGUCCUGUCGGUUCCGCGCUCAAGGAACCCUUUGUGAAGCGGAAUCGCCGUGUAGGGAAUCUUCCCAUUGCACGGGCGACUCCGCUCAGUGCCCACCACCGCUCCCGAAGCCGAAUCGGAUUCGCUGCCGAGACGAUGCAACUUGCUUAAAUGGUACGUGCAAAGGUAGUCUCUGCGACUAUUACAAUCUCACCAGCUGCGUUCCAUGGCUGGCGCGCGCUGAUGAGCUCUGCAAGACAUUUUGUCUGUCACCUGGCACGAAUAAGUGUGAACUCUUAUGCAAACUUCAUUCCGGAGAGACCUGUGACCGUUUCCUCGCUCCAGGUUUCGAGUGUGCUGAUGGAGAAGGAACCUGUGAUUUCCGGGGGCAUUGCUUCCGAAUACACCGCCGGUUCUUCUUCCUCAAGUCCGUCAUGAUUUUCCUCAUCUUCAUUUCUAUGGCGGCUUACUUUUAUGCUAUUUUGAAAAUCGCCACGAGGAUACCCCGCGGGAAUUUCGCACGGAGUCGCGCCGCAAAGAAACUCGAGACGAAAGUGCUCAAUUAUGUGAAACGGUUGCAGAGACUCGAGCGAAACAUGAGAAGAGAAACUCGAUAGUGAAAAUUGAAAAGGAGAGAAAUUCGAUAGCUUGAAUAAAUAUUGUU